AAAGUCUGCCAAAGCUACCUGAGGCUCCAAUUAAUGACAGACAAGUCUGCGCGCGCAUAUACAAUACACAUACUGGUAGUUUGAAGAAGCAGCGCGUGGCUGUGCGUGUUUGUGCGUCUGUGAAGAGAGAAAGAGCUGCAACUCUCUGGUGCGAACAGGGAAGCAGCAGGCGCGCCGCACGCGGACCCGCCGGAAGGAACAGCAGCAGCUUUGAGCCCGAGCUGCUGGACGCAGACCGUCAAAAACACCGGCAGCACGAGCGACACCGAGGCGGACAGCGGGGCGGAGAGGAGGAGAAGGAGAAAGAGGAGGAGGAGGAGGAGGAGGAGGAGGCACCUGCGCUCGCUUCGCCUCGCCGCCUCCGUCGUGUCUCCGUCGCUCUCCUCACCCCUCGUACCUUUCGGACCGCCGCCGCAGCCGCUUCCUCGUUAAAGAUGGCUGACCCCACCAGCGACGGAGAGGCACCGGAGAGCGCGCGCGGCUUCGCCCGCCAGGGAGCCCUCCGUCAGAAGAAUGUGCACGAGGUAAAGGACCACAAGUUCAUCGCGCGCUUCUUCAAGCAGCCAACCUUCUGCAGCCACUGCACGGACUUCAUCUGGGGCUUUGGGAAGCAGGGAUUCCAGUGCCAAGUGUGCUGUUUUGUGGUCCAUAAGCGCUGUCAUGAGUUUGUCACUUUUUCCUGUCCGGGGGCCGACAAAGGACCUGCGUCUGAUGAUCCUCGUAGUAAACACAAGUUUAAGGUCCACACYUACUCCAGCCCCACCUUCUGUGACCACUGUGGCUCCCUCCUGUACGGGCUGAUACACCAGGGCAUGAAAUGUGACCAUUGUAUGAUGAACAUCCACAAGCGAUGUGUUGCCAACGUCCCCAGCCUGUGCGGGACAGAUCACACAGAAAGACGAGGACGCAUUCACAUCACUGCCCAGAUCUGUGAUGACUGUCUGACCGUCUCCAUCAUUGAGGCUAAGAACCUGGUGCCCAUGGACCCCAACGGCCUGUCAGACCCCUACGUUAAGCUCAAGCUGAUCCCGGACCCCAAGAGUGAGAGCAAGCAGAAGACGAAGACCAUUAAAUGUUGCCUCAACCCCACCUGGAAUGAMACGUUCACUUUUCACCUUAAAGAAAGCGACAAAGAUCGCCGCCUCUCGGUGGAGGUGUGGGACUGGGAUCUAACCAGCAGGAACGACUUCAUGGGAUCGCUGUCCUUUGGGAUCUCAGAGCUACAGAAACUUGGAGUGGAUGGAUGGUUUAAGCUCCUGUCUCAGGAGGAAGGAGAAUAUUUUAAUGUUCCCGUCCAGCCAGACGGAGAAGACGGCAACGAGGCGCUACGACAAAAAUUUGAGAGAGCAAAAGUAGGUCCAGGGAAGCCCACAGACUCCUCUUCCUCUUCAGUAUGCAAAUACGACAGCAAUGGCAAUCAGGACCGCGUCAAGCUCUCAGACUUCAACUUCAUCAUGGUUCUGGGCAAAGGCAGCUUCGGCAAAGUGAUGCUGGCAGAAAGGAAAAGCACAGAUGAGUUAUACGCCAUUAAAAUCCUAAAGAAAGACGUGGUGAUCCAAGACGAUGACGUCGAGUGCACCAUGGUGGAGAAGAGAGUGCUCGCUCUGGGUGGAAAACCCCCCUUCCUCACUCAGCUGCAUUCGUGUUUCCAAACAAUGGACCGGUUGUAUUUUGUCAUGGAGUAUAUUAAUGGAGGAGACCUCAUGUACCAAAUCCAACAGGUCGGCAAGUUCAAAGAGCCUCAUGCUGUGUUCUAUGCUGCAGAGAUUGCUGUUGGUCUGUUCUUCCUUCACUCCAAAGGCAUCGUGUAUCGAGAUUUGAAGCUGGACAAUGUGAUGCUGGAUUCUGAGGGCCACAUAAAGAUCGCAGACUUCGGCAUGUGCAAAGAGAACAUGACUGACGGCGUCACUACGAAGACGUUUUGUGGAACACCAGAUUACAUCGCCCCAGAGAUCAUAGCCUAUCAGCCUUAUGGGAAGUCAGUGGACUGGUGGGCUUUUGGAGUACUGCUUUAUGAAAUGCUUGCUGGGCAGCCGCCUUUUGAUGGUGAAGAUGAAGAUGAGUUGUUCCAAUCAAUCAUGGAGCAUCAUGUCUCCUACCCUAAGUCCAUGUCCAAAGAAGCUGUUGCUAUCUGCAAGGGGCUGAUGACCAAACAUCCAGGUAAGCGUCUUGGCUGUGGUCCCGAAGGAGAAAGAGACAUCAAGGAGCACGCCUUCUUCCGCUAUAUAGACUGGGAAAAGCUACAGAACAAAGAGGUCCAGCCACCUUUCAAACCUAAAGCUUGUGGGCGUGAUGCGGAGAACUUUGAUCGCUUUUUCACACGCCACCCCCCAGAGCUGACCCCCCCAGAUCAGGAGCUCAUAUCCAACCUGGACCAGGAAGAGUUCCGAGGCUUCUCAUUUGUUAACCCCGAGUACAUUCACCCAACUCCCUGACCAUGUGACACAACCCUGGGCUGCAUUAGUAAUCACGUACAGUUCACAAGCAUACCUUACAGAUAAAAAUAAAUAAAAAAGCGUCAUCAUGGUGUCAUUUCCAGGCUGCAUUCAGCAAGAUGAAACUUUCAUCCAGUAGGAGCUGAUGCAACACGGGGGCAUUUUCUGUGGUUCAAGUCUUGAAGAAUAUUUGGACAUUUUGAGAAAUAAAACUCAAUCAUUUUCUUUCCAAAAAUGUACAAGGUGGAGCUAUAACACCCUGUCAGAAUAUGGAACUGAARCUGUGGAAUCGUAGCUUAGUUUAGCUUAGCAUGACGCUAGAAAGGGUUUGAAAACUGCUGCAUUAGCAUGUUGUGAGAUAAAUGCACCAACGCUGAACAGCAGCUUAGUGAUGAAACUAUCAACAUGCAGUGAGUGCAGCUCAGGCUUCUGUUUUGAGGAUUUACCAUGGCUGAUGACAUCAUUAGGCUACUUUGUAAUUCUGUUGCUUUCCUGCUUCAGAACUAAGAUAAACAAUGAAAGGAGGAUACAUUCAUACAGUAAAAGCUGUCAUAUUCCUUUUAACCUUCUUAUAAGCCUUUGUAGUUUUAUUUUGUUCAUCUCAGCACACUUAACUAGGAUCAAUCACUCCUCCACAGAGGGGUUAGUGUUUCUGAGCAGCUGUGAUUUAUAAACAAAACAAAAACUGCAGUGCGGUGAUUUCUAAUUUGAUCUAUUUUAGUUAAUAGAAAUUGCCAUUUGGAUGAAUCCAGGGAAAGCUUAAAAAGGUUGUCAGUGUUCACAUCUAUUUUUACUUUUUCCAUUUCAAAAAAAUACAAACCUAAGAUUAUAGAUGAAUGUAAUUAGCUGUCUUUAGCUGGCUGUCCUUUAGUCGUUCAUUUUCACCACAGCUUCAUCAGCUUCAGGCUCCGGAAAAGUGAUUCUUCGUGCUUUUGGAAAGAAAGCGAAUAAUUUUUAUAACUCAAUGGUCACAAUUAUUAAAUAACGAUGAGAUGGAGCUGCGAUCAGUUGAAAUUAUUGUAUAUUUUUGUCAGUGCUCCAUUAAAUUUAUUCUGGGAUCAUUUUAGAUAAGAACAUAACAGCUGCUGUUUUAUCAGUUCAUCUCUGUCUUCUUGUGGAKAAAUGUUUCAUGCCUCUGAAUGCUUCCUGGCUGCUCACACCAGCAGGUUUGGUGCCACAGUGAACCGUCUCUGUCACCCUCCCUGUACCUGCAUUUUGACUUUGACGACCCGUCAGUGAUGUUGAUGAGUGUAUUAUGAUCACAUGUUGGUGUUUCAUAACGUGUACGUGAAAAACUGACCCAUUGCUUUGCUAUAAUUGUUUGAAUACUAAUCAGUUUCCCAAAUGUUGGCUUUACUUUUGUCUGUAGUAUCAAAUACUUAAAAAUCUGUUCAGUGUUAUGGUGAACUUUUUUUUCUCUCUGAUUUAUAAUCUCUUACAUGAAAUCUGCAAGAUUUUGCCCCCCUGCCUUCAUGAAAUGUAGUUUUUCAGAACAUAUGUUUCCAUUUUACUCUACUUUUAUUGACAGAGACCAUAUCUAUUUGCUUGUAAAAGACGUUUGUAGAGAAUUUUCCUGAUGGCUUAUUUCAUUCAGAGUCUUGUGGACCCAGUAGUUAGUUAGAUUACAGAAACAGGAUUUCCAGAAGUGCCAAAACAAGGUUCAGAAUCACGAGGAUGUAGACAAAUCCUGCUCCUACAAACUGUGAAGACGGGCAGCCAUCUUGUGCCAUUUUGCUGUACAUGUACGAUUAUCAACAAUAUGCGUUUUAGCUGAUCCUUUCUGUUCACCAAUAAUAUAAUACCCCGCCCUAUCCCCUUUGAAAGUCAUUUUCAUAUAYGAGAUGAAUUGUCUGAGUUGUAUAAUAUUUUUGUAACUGUGUUAACGAUGCAAGGUGGUAAUGUGUCAAAUCUUGUUCUUUGAGCUUGUAUCACAAAAACGCGGCGGCAGGAUGGAAAUGUCCUUUUAAAGACAACGAUUCUGUCAGAUAAAAGCAGCGAGCACUUACUGUGAUGGUCAUGAGAAAUAAACUCUGAGGAUGAAUCUAUAAUAUAUAAUAAGUUGUGUAUCAGAGAAAUAACUGGAUAAUUUGUAUGUGGAUGGGAGAGAUGCUACUGUGGACUGUGUUAUUGCUUUGUAUGACUGGAAACUGAUAAUAUACUCACUGGUGCCUACCAGACUACUCA